UCAGCCCAAUGGACAUAUCUCGUUUUCAGUCUAUCUCAGUUUCUUCUUAGAGUUUCACCCAAAAAAGAAAAUUGUCGUCUUCUUCGACUCUUCUUCGUCUUCUUCACCUCCAUUUUCAAAGCAACAGGUUUUCAAUGGCGCGUAAUCGGGAGGGUUUGGUUUUGUUGGUGGAUGUAGGCCCGGCCAUGCAUAGUGUACUCCCUGAUGUUGAAAAGACAUGUUCUUUGCUUAUGCAAAAGAAGUUGAUUUACAACAAGUUUGAUGAAGUUGGAAUCAUUGUCUUUGGAACUCAAGAAACCGAAAAUGAGCUUGCUAGAGACAUAGGUGGAUAUGACAACAUUUGGGUUUUAAGGAACAUCAAAGUUGUUGAUGAACUCGUGAUUGAUCGUGUAAAGCAGCUCCCUCGAGGAACUGUAGCUGGCGACUUUCUUGAUGCUUUGAUUGUUGGGAUGGAUAUGCUUAUAAAGACGUACGGUGCUGGACAAAGAGGGAAAAAACGGUUGUGUCUCAUCACAAAUGCAGCUUCUCCUACCAAAGAUCCAUUUGAAGGGACCAAAGAUGAGCAAGUCAGUACCAUUGCUGCCAAAAUGGCUGCAGAGGGUAUAAAGAUGGAGAGCAUUGUUAUGAAAGCUGAUCCUAGCGUUGAUGUUGAUGAGAAGAUAAUAGAAGAGAAUGAUCAUUUGUUGAGUUUGCUCUCAAACAACGCCAUUGCGAAAACAGUGUAUGUUGAGAGUCCACUCUCACUCCUAGGCGCUUUAAAGACGCGGAGAGUUGCUCCUGUUACUCUGUUCAGAGGCGACCUUGAGAUUAACCCAUCAAUGAAGAUCAAGGUGUGGGUUUAUAAGAAAGUGGCUGAAGAGAGACUUCCCUCGCUAAAAAUGUACUCUGACAAGGCGCCACCUAGUGACAAGUUUGCUAAACAUGAAGUGAAGAUCGAUUACGAUUACAAAGUUAACGAAGAAACUAGUGAGGCUCUUGCUCCAGAAGAAAGGAUCAAGGGCUUUCGCUAUGGACCUCAUGUCAUUCCUAUCUCGCCGGAUGAGAUGGAAACACUCAAGUUCAAAACUGAAAAGGGCAUGAAGCUUCUUGGAUUCACUGAUGCAUCAAACAUUCUCAGACAUUACUACAUGAAAGACGUGAACAUUGUUGUUCCGGACCCGAGCAAAGAAAAAUCUGUGAUUGCAGUCUCUGCCAUUGCAAGAGAGAUGAAGCAAUCAAACAAGGUGGCAAUCGUACGUUGUGUCUGGAGAAACGGACAAGGGAAUGUAGUUGUUGGAGUCCUCACUCCAAAUGUGUCUGAACGAGAUGACACACCUGAUUCUUUCUACUUCAACGUGCUGCCAUUUGCCGAGGAUAUCCGCGAGUUUCCGUUUCCUUCUUUCAGUAGAUUACCUGCGUCCUGGAAGCCUGAUGAGCAACAGCAAGCAGUGGCUGAUAACUUGGUUAAGAUGCUUGACCUUGCACCUUCUCCUAAAGAGGAAGUGUUAAAGCCUGAACUUACUCCUAACCCAGUUCUGCAGCGCUUUUAUGAAUACCUUGAGCUGAAAUCAAGAUCAACGGAUGCUGCUUUACCUCCAAUGGAUGAAGCUUUCAAGAGAAUCAUGGAGCAGGAUCCAGAACUCUCUUCCAACACCAAAUCGAUAAUGGAUACGUUUCGUGGAAGUUUUGAAGUGAAGGAGAACCCAAAGUUGAGAAAGGCUUCUAAGAGAAUGUUGAGGGAUAAGCCAUCUGGUUCAGAUGAUGAAGACAAUCGCAUGAUUACUUAUAAUGCCAAUGAGAACAAUGUUGACACAGUGGGAGAUGCAAACCCGGUUCAAGAUUUUGAAGCUAUGAUAUCCCGUAGAGAUGGCAAUGAUUGGGUCAAUAAAGCAAUCAGUGAGAUGAAGAAACGAGUAGUGAAGCUCGUGGAAGAUAGUAGUACCACUGAUAAAGCAUUGGAAUGUUUGCUCGCUUUACGUAAAGCCUGCGUCUUGGAACAGGAGCCGAAGCAGUUCAAUGAGUUCUUGAAUCAUCUACACGAGUUAUGCCAGGAAAGGAAGUUGUCUCAUUUUCUUGAACAUUUCACGUCCAAGAAGAUCACGUUGAUUCCCAAAUCAGAAGCAGCAGACAGUGAUGUGGUGGACGAGAAGGCUGGGGAUUUCACUGUCAAAGAAGAGCCAAAUCUCGAGAGCUAACAAAGGUCUUCACUACAGUCUCUCUUAUGGCCUUGUGACCAUAUUUUCCAAAACGAUGAUGGUUUUCUUGUCCGACUUUGUGUUGCCUGUUAAAGACUCAGCGCCCAGUUUGUUAUCGCGAUCAUUGCUAAUUUUAGAAACGAUCUUAUUGUAAAUGGUUCGGACUUUAGUUUUUUGUUGGGUGAAAACAGUAUUGAAAUCGUUAUUUUCAACCCAAUACCACUCACAAGCUUAUCAUAAAAACCCAAUGACGUUUUUCUUUAGUGUUAA